UUCGGCGCUCUUGUUGAGACCAGACGCGCCUCCGGUAAGCGCGUGCACUGUCCACAGAGAGAGAGAGAGGGAGAGUCGGUUCGGUUGGGUUCGGUUCGGGGAUGGAGAGUAAGGAGCCGGAGGAGAGCUCGGAGGAGGACCUGGACAGUGUGAAGGCGCUCACCGAGAAGCUGAAGCUAAAGACGCGCAGACCCUCUUACCUGGAGUGGCAGGAGCGCGUGCGCAGCGGAUCGUGGAACAGCUACCGAGGCGCGCGCGACGAGACCGUGAAUGCAGAGCGCGAGGACCGAGACGGCCCGCGAGACAUCUGCGGCUUCCGGUCCAUGGACGAUGCGCUGCAGUGGCUCCGAACCGAACUGAGGGAGAUGCAGCGGCAGGACCAGCGGUUGGCGCGUCAGCUGAUCCGUCUUCGUGGCGAGCUGCACCAGCUGAAGGUGGAGCGUGUGUGUGAUAGACAUCGGGAGAUGCUGGAUGACGCUGCACUGGAACUGGAGGAGUGUGAUGAGGAGUGUGACCUGCUGUGUGACGUGCCGCUCAAGGCCACCUUCACCUUGUCCACGCCGCUCAAACACCUCGGCCUCACCAAGAUGAACCUCAAUGCCCGCCGGUUCUCCCUCUGCUGAACACCUCCAGAUCCUUGGGGAGAGAAAGAUCUCACUAGCUACAGAUAGACCACGUAACAGGCUGAAUCUUAUGUUCACAGCUCCUGAAGAUCUGUCGCUUUAAUGACGUCAAUAUCCAACACUUCAGAAAGCCAAGGUGCCUUCGAGAUAGGAUCUGCAGCUUACAAAAGAUCUCAGAAGCCACAAAAAAACAGACCAUGUGUAAAUAUUUUAGCUCUUAGAGACCAGGAGUCUGUGGUUUUGCUAAUGUUCCAGGAGGGUUCAAGCUCAGCGUAACCUUAGGGUUCUCUUUCGAUUCAAGCGCUACCAAGCUGCCACUGCUGGACCUUUGGUGAGGCUGACCCUGACCUUUGACCUCCAGCUUCCUUUCAAGUUAUGGUGGAGAAAAACAGUGGCACCCGUGUUGAUAAACACAUACUAACUGACCUUAAAGUCCAUAAGGAUCAAUAAAUUUAACAAAAAUUAAGAUGACUAGUGGUUGAAGAACAUCGUUCCCAAGGAAAUAAGCCAUAACACCUACCAAAGAUCAACCAAGCCUCCAAGAUUGUGGAUACUAAUCACCUUUAGCUCAACUUCAAUCUUCAAGUGAUGCUUUUGGGACUCCAAUGACUGUCAUGUGACCUUAGUGUCAUCGUGUAUAAAUAACACUAAAUAAGGCAGUAGACCUGAUGAAGAACAUCAGAUAAGUGGAAAAUGUAUUGAAGUUUAAGGUGUGUGUUCUGUUCAGGUCAAAAUAACCUGAUUUACAUUUUUAUUUGAAGUGGAAACAUAGUAAAAUGUUUUCUUUUUCAAUAUUAAAAUUUGCUUUGUCAAAAUACCUACAUGUCUACAUCGCUAAAUUACAAAGCAGGAUACAAGACCACAAAUAAUGGCAUCAUUGUUUAUUGAAAUUAUGAAGGAGCAGUUUUGGGCAGGCUUGUAGUACUCGAGUCUGACUCGUGCCCUAGUUUUAAGGACUUGUGACUUGACUUGGACUUGAGCGCUGAUGACUCGGACUUGGACUCAGACUCGUACAUUAACUGCAUUCAGACUCAUAAACUGAAGACAUAAAUUUAUACUAAUUUCAUGCAAGAGAAUGCACAUUCACCUGUUCAUACGUCACGUUCAGGAACAAACUAACGUUAAUGGCGCUAAAAUGCCUGGAGAGAACACCCUUAGGAUUGUCCGUUUUGCUUAUACAGACUUCUCGUGCAGUGGGGAAAAAUGCAUUGCUAUGUGUUCCAUAUGUAGAACUAUUGAAUAGACGACAGGGACAACUUCGAACUUCAAUCAUCAUUUGGUAAGACUCCACCCAGAGAAGGAAGUGACAUGCUAUGUUCGUUGCUCUGUUGAUAGUGGGCGGGGCUUGCUUGCUGAGUGAUGAACGAGCUAGUGUUAACCCUCUCUCAUGUUAUUUGCCCUGUUGAUAGUGGGCGGGGCUUGCUGAGCGAUGAACAAGUUUUUUUUAUCUGUAGCCUGUUAACUAAAAUGGGGCAGUCGAGCAGUAACAUUACUCCAAGACAGUAGCAGAGAUGCUUUCACAUAAAGGCAGCAACAGUCACCAUCAAAUGGUGGGGUUGGAGUCUUGUUCUAGGACUCGACUUGAAAUAUUCUUUAAUGACUUGAAUUUGACUCGGACUUGAACACUGGGAGCUCGAGACUGGACUCGGACUCGAGGUUUAGUGACAUGACUACAACACUGGUUUUGGGUCAAGCAAAAGGUCAGAGGUAAAGCUGUAACUAUCCAAGCUUUCAGACAUCUUCAGAACAGAGGAGUUUGCACUGUUUAGCUGUUUAUAGCUGCUAUAAUCACGAGUGAGAAGAGGAACCUGGACUUUCCACAACAUAAACAAUAUAAACAUAACUAUAAAUGCAUAAAAAGAUCAUUGUUUGAGAAAUGUUAUAACAUGUAAUUGUUGGAAAAUUACUGUAAUAUAAGAGAAAUAAAACACCUUGGGAUGUGCUGUGUUUGGAAA